AUGCUCUAUAAAUACCAUCCCACACCCCCCCCACACAGCCACCACUACCCCCAACACGUUCAACGCCACCCCCCCGACAACCCCCCCAAACCCCCACACAACCAAAACACCCCCACCACCACCACACCACCAACCCCACCCCCACACACCACCCACCCCCCCCACCCAACACACCCACCACACCCCCCAUCCAAACCAAUCCACAACCCUCCCCACCGGGCGGAGGACCCGGAGGGGGGGGGGGGGGGGGUGGGGGGGGGGGGGGGGCUGUGGGGCAACCCCCCCCCAACACACUCCCAACACGACACAACCCAACACACACUCGUUUGUGUCAAACCCACAUCAACCCCCCCACUCACACCACCACCACCACCCCCACUCCCCCACCAAUCCCCACAACCCAUCUCACACCCCAACCCCCCCCCUCCACUACCCACCCCCCCCAAACCCCACACUCACCAGACAUCACCCCAACACCUCUACCUCUGUGCCAAACCUGCCCCCCACUCCACACACUUGACCUCACACCCCCCACCCUUUAUCCCCCUUAACCCACCACCCAAAAACCCAACCGCACCCCACCACUUAACCCCCCUCACCCUCCCCACAAAUCCCCCCCCACGCCGCCCCCCCCCCCUUCACCCCCCAUAG